UAGUAUUUUACCUUUGAGUAACUGUCCCCAGCUGCAGUGCUGCAGGCACAUCGUUCCAGGGCCUCUGUGGUGCUCCGAUGCCCCUCACCCACUGUCGAAGAUCCCCGGUGGGCGAGGGGGUGGCAGGGAUCCUUCUCUUUCAGCUCUGAUAUAUAAGGACGAGAAGAUCACUGUUAACCAAGAUGUCCCAGUGCACGAAGGGAAGCCUCAUAUUGUCCACUUCCAGUACAAGGUCACAGAGGUGAAGACCUCCUCCUGGGAUGCAGUGCUCUCUAAUCAGAGCCUCUUUGUGGAAAUCCCUGAUGGAUUAUUAGCUGAUGGAAGUAAAGAAGGGUUGUCAGCACUGCUGGAGUUUGCUGAAGAAAAAAUGAAAGUAAACUACGUCUUUAUUUGCUUCAGAAAAAGCAGAGAAGAUCGAGCUCCGCUCCUGAAGACAUUCAGCUUCUUGGGCUUUGAAAUCGUGAGGCCACACCGCUCGGUCCCGUCGCGGCCAGACGUGAUGUUCAUGGUGUACCCCCUGGAUCAGAACUCUUCAUCUGAUGAAGAAUAGCCGCAGCGGGGGACUCCAGCGUGACCUGAAAAUGCUGUUGAGGGGAGAGAGGGUUACAUCUCCUUUCUUGAGGAAAGGGAAAACAAGCUUCUGUUGGACUAAAACCGCAUUUUUUCAUUGUUAGAUUGGCCUGUGUAUCCUCAGAGUUGACUAUCUCAUUGAAACGUGUUGCCUAGAGAACUAUAUAUCCACACAUGUAAUCACCAAAUAGUAAAGGGGAGAUGUUUAUGAACCGGCA